CUUCUCCAAUUAGUAGUGAAACAUGCAGGUGUCACAAUAAGGGAGGGGCUGUUGAGGAACCAGAUCUCAGAAUAACACCCAUGUGCCGGGCGGGCAGUGUCUUCAGCAUUAGGAAAACAAGGUUCGGGUUCACUCAGAGGAAGAUGAAGACUUUUCCAUGUUAGAUAAGGGCACUUAUGUAACUAAUGGCGAGAUCGGAUUAUCAACCUGUUGCUAUUACCCAGAGAUGUAAAAGUUACAGGUCUAAAAUGUAAUCUUAAGUUUUCUGGGGAACACGAAGGAACGAAGGCGAGAACAGUUUUCCACAUGGAGACAGACUUGAAGCUGGAGUCGAGUCUGUGGGUCGGGAACAAAAGAUACCGGGGGGUCCUGACAGGCUGGCAUUUCUACUGGACCGAGGUAGAUAAGAAUCGCGACAAGAAAACAAUUUCAGUACCUGUGGCAGAGGUGGUUGGAGUGGAGGAGGGCUGUGUGGAGAUCCUGCCCCGUAAAUCAGUAGAGGACACAGACAAAGACUUCACAGUCUUCUACGUGAAGCGCAGCAGCAGUGGGGGCUCUUCUGGGUUUCUAUGGAGACUGGGCCGGACCCAAUUCAGCUGCCCUAGUCGGGUGCUCAGAGACCAGUGGACAAAGCACCUAAGAACUGCUCUUAAAACUCACAGUCCGUUACGCCCUAAGAGACUUUUGGUGUUUAUCAAUCCCUUUGGAGGAAAGAGGAAAGGAAGAAAGAUUUACCACUCUGUAGUUGCCCCUUUGUUUGAGCUGGCUGGUAUCAGCUCUCAUGUAAUAGUGACGGAGCGGGCUAACCAGGCUAGAGACCACCUCCUGAAGAAAGACCUGACAGACUUUGAUGGUGUGGUGUGUGUGGGUGGGGAUGGCAUGUUCAGUGAAAUACUUCACGGUUUAAUUGGGCGGACACAACAAGAGGCAGGCCUUUGUGAGAAUGAUCCUGCUGUCAUCUUACAGCCUUGUCCACUUCAUAUCGGCAUCAUCCCUGCAGGUUCUACGGACUGUGUGUGUUAUGCCACGGUGGGAGUAGUCGACCCUGUCACUUCAGCUUUGCAUAUUAUCGUUGGAGACUCUCAGCCUUUGGAUGUGUGUUCAGUUCACCAUGCUUCUGCUCUGGUGCGCUACUCGGUGUCUCUGUUGGGCUAUGGCUUCUAUGGAGAUGUACUGGCUGAGAGUGAAAAACAUCGCUGGAUGGGACCACUCAGAUAUGAGUAUUCAGGCACACUGGUGUACCUAAGCAACAGAAGCUAUGCUGGCAUAGUUCAGUAUCUACCAGCAGACCCACUGCUCUCCAGCCCGAGAGAUAAAAUACGCUGCCUCUCAGGGUGCAGUGUGUGCUCCAGAAGCACAGAAAGACUUUUCUCCCACUCUUCUGAUUCAGCCUCCCUGUACAGCUCCCAUUGCAGUCAGUUCAGUAGUGACUCAGAAGGUGAGUGGGUGAGUGUGGAGGGCAGGUUCAGGUGUGUCUCUCUCACUUGUAUGUCCUGCUCAUGUCCCAGGAGUCCUCUUGGCCUGUCUCCUUCUGCUCACCUGGCAGAUGGAACAGGGGACCUCAUCCUAGUAUGGGACACCAACCCGCUGGAUUUCCUAACGUAUCUCCACAGGCAAACAAGCACACAGGACCAGUUUGACUUGCCAUUUGUGGAGGUUCACCGUGUGAAGGCUGUCCGCUUCUGUCUUCCCUCUGGCAAAGAGGGGGAAAGUUACGAAGAGAUUGGAGGAGGGAAUUGUGAAAUAAGUGACGAAGAGAGAGGCUCCGUUGAGACUGAAAACAGUGCUAGCUCUCAGCAGAACCUGGCAGAGACGGGCACGGGGCAAGAGAUGGCAGACGAGCAGAAAACAGUGCCUCCCUUCAUGUGCUGUCUGUGCUGCAGUAAAACUCCUGCUGUGUCAGUGUGGAACUGUGAUGGAGAGAUUCUACCUUUCACCGAGAUCCUUUGCAGGAUUCAUGGCCAGUUGGUGCACCUGUAUGCCAGGGGCAUCGAGGACGAAGCAACCAUACAAAACUGUAGAGAAGAAAGCAACAACUGUGAAAGGAGAUGCAUUCUACACAAUAAGACUGGACUAAAUUUUGGAUUGUGAGAGAAAAGAAGCUAUGGGAAUGUUUGUAAGGCAAUGCUAAUUUCUGAAUUUAUAGGCUUGCAGUUUGCCAUGGUCAAAGAGUUCAUGAUGGAGAGAUUCUAUCUUUCACUGAGAUCCUUUGCAGGUUGUGGGACCAUGCAUGUUGUAGUUUGUCUAAUCUCAUACCACAUUACCCUCCUACUGUUAUCUUAUGCCAGGUUAAAUUAAAUAAAUUGUAACUCAGCCAUAUACAGAACAAGGAAAUAAAAGAUAUUGCACAGGUCUGCCGCACAGCUU